AUGGUAACUCUAUUUGAAAAUCCUCAUGAAUCGCCAUUGGCAAUGUUUCUCAUGCAAGUAUUUAUUACAUUAAUUGUGUGUAAAUUUCUUGCUAAAUUAUUAUCAUUCAUUCGUCAACCACAAGUUAUUGGACAAAUUAUUGCUGGAAUUAUUUUUGGUCCAUCUAUUCUUGGUUAUGCUCAUGGUUGGACUGAAGCUAUUUGGCCAGCAUCAAGUCUAAAAGUUUUUCAAUUGAUAGCCAAUUUGGGUUUAAUUUUUUUCAUGUUUUUUCUUGGAUUAGAACUUGAUUUAGAACAAAUAAAAGCAAAUUGGAAAAUAACUAUUCCAGUUGCUUGUGCUAGUAUAAUCUUUCCUGUUGGUAUUGGAUGUGCAGUUGCUUUAUGGUUCUAUCAAUUGAAUGAUGGAAUAGAAACAAGUAAAACAGCAUUUAUUCUAUUUAUUGCUUCUGGUUUUGGAUUUUCGGCAUUUCCUGUCUUAGCUACAUUGCUAAAUUCAAUGAAUUUACUUAAUGAACCAAUUGGUAUUCAAACAAUAUCUUUAGCUGCAGUAGAAGAUAUUGUUGUAUGGGUAGUUUUAGCUGUAGCUAGUGCUUUUUCAUCAGGUGGUUCAGCACUUCAAGGUCUUUAUACUUUAUUACUUACAAUGGCUUUUAUUUUAAUCAUGGUUAUUAUUAUUCGACCAAUUUUUAAUUUAAUUCAUGGUUAUUAUCUACGUCGUGAAAAUGAUUGUAAUGUUUAUAUUGUUGUUGGCUGUUUUUUACUUCUUCUUAUUGCAUCAUUUACAACAGAAGUCAUGGGUAUUCAUGCAUUUUUUGGUGCAUUCAUUGCUGGUCUAUGUAUUCCACGAAAAGGUGAAUUAGUUGAGUUUUUAUCUAUACGUAUUGAAUUAAUUAUUGUUGAAUUUUUCUUACCUCUUUAUUUUGCUAAUAGUGGUUUAAAAACACGUUUAAAUCUUUUAAAUACAGGUCGAGCAUGGUGGACAUUAGUUAUUCUUAUACUUUUAGCUUCUAUAGCAAAAAUAGUUCCAGUAACAUUAGCAACAAAAUUAUGUACACGAAAAUCAUGGAAUUAUUGUGCAUCAAUGGGAGUUUUAAUGAAUACUCGUGGUAUAGUUCAAUUAGUUGUCUUAAAUAUUGGUGUACAACUUAAAGUUAUAUCACCUGUUAUAUUUGCAAUGUUUGUUUUAAUGGCAACUAUUUUAACAUUUCUUACAUCACCUAUUUUAUAUCUUCUUUAUCAACGUAAUGCUGCAUUAAAACUUUUAGAAGAAUCGAAUACAACAACUGAUAUUAAUUUAGCUGAACAAGGAGAAAAAAAAUUUGAAAAAAGUAAAGAAGAUCUUGCUACAAUAUCGGUAGGCGAACUUGGAACAAUAUCACAAAAUAAUAUAUCAAAUGAACCGACAAAAAUAAAUACAAACGAUUCAAGUUUUCAUAUACCAUCAAGUCAUCAUCGUAGUACUCCAAGAAGUUUUCAUUAUGAUGAAAGACGUCGAUCAACAAUACAUGAUAAUGAAAAUUUAAGAAGACCUAGUCGAAUGACUCUGUUUUAA